AUGGCAGAUAUGACGCCCUCCCCGACACUCAACGAGUACCAGAUUGGCUGGAUUUGUGCCUUGCCUGUUGAGGCUGCUGCUGCCCAGGAAAUGCUUGACGAGGACUUUGGCACACUCGAGGAGCAGGACACUUCAGACACAAAUAUAUAUACAUUGGGCCGGAUUGGAAAGCAUCAUGUCGUGAUCGCAUGCCUUGGCGGACAAUAUGGGACGACUUCAGCGACGACAGUUGCUAACCACAUGACGCGGACUUUUUCCAAAUCACUACGGAUUGGGUUAAUGGUCGGCAUUGGCGGAGCUAUACCAUCCGCUGCAAAUGAUAUACGGCUUGGCGAUGUUGUCGUUAGUUAUCCCACGGGCACCAGUGGUGGAGUUCUCCAGUAUGACAUGGGGAAGAUUGGCAGCAGCGGGGAGCUGGGCCAAACUGGAUCCUUGAACAGUCCACCUAGAAUACUACUGGCAGCGGUCAACCAGAUGCGAGCAGCUGUAUUAAGAAAAGACCCUGUUUACUACUCCUAUAUUCAGCAAGCGGCCCAACGAAAUGCACGAACACGACGCAACUUUAGUUACCCAGGCCCACAGAAUGAUCGGCUCUUCCAGGUCAGCUUUGAGCAUCCUGUGACUGCCGCUGACUGUGAUGACUGCUUGCAAGAGUGGGAAGUACGAAGAUGUGAGCGCGAAGAGACUGAACCGCAAGUGCAUUAUGGUAUCAUUGCGUCAGGAAAUGCGGUUAUUAAAAAUGCCUGA